UGGCCCAGGACAGCUGGGGGAGAUAAACAGAGCAGGAGGGGGCUGUAUUUGUGUGUCUGUGUGUGUCUGUGGGUGUGUAUAUGUGUGUAUAGGUGAGUGUGAGUGCGUGUACGUGUGUGUGUUUGCAUGUGGGGGGGUGGAGGGCAUGAGAAGGCUGGGCAGCCUGGAGCCCUGACCCCUGACCCUUGACCCCUUGACCCCAAGGGUGGGCAUGGGCCCCGCCUGCCACUCCGGAGACGAGGCCUGACAGCUCUUCCUCAGCCCCGACUCCGUGCCGAGACCAUGGCCAACGUCGCCCGGGACCUCAUCCAUCGGCAGAUAAAGGAGAGGGGCGCCGUGAGGUUCGAGCGACGCUACCACGUCACUGACCCGUUCAUCCGCCGGCUGGGCCUGGAGGCUGAGCUGCAGGGGCACUCUGGCUGCGUGAACUGUCUGGAAUGGAACGAGAAGGGGGACUUGCUGGCUUCCGGCUCCGACGACCAGCACACCAUCGUGUGGGACCCCCUGCAUCACAAGAAGCUGCUGUCCAUGCACACGGGCCACACGGCCAACAUCUUCUCCGUCAAGUUCCUGCCGCACGCCGGGGACCGCAUCCUCAUCACGGGCGCGGCCGACUCCAAGGUGCACGUGCACGACCUGACCGUGAAGGAGACCAUCCACAUGUUCGGAGACCACACCAACCGCGUGAAGCGCAUCGCCACGGCCCCCAUGUGGCCCAACACGUUCUGGAGCGCGGCCGAGGACGGGCUCAUCAGGCAGUAUGACCUGCGCGAGAACAGCAAGCACUCGGAGGUGCUCAUCGACCUGACGGAGUACUGCGGCCAGCUGGUGGAGGCCAAGUGCCUGACGGUCAACCCCCAGGACAACAACUGCCUGGCCGUGGGGGCCAGCGGGCCCUUCGUCAGGCUCUACGACAUCCGCAUGAUCCACAACCACAGGAAGAGCAUGAAGCAGAGCCCGCUGGCCGCGGUGCACACCUUCUGUGAUCGGCAGAAACCGCUGCCCGACGGCGCAGCCCAGUACUACGUGGCAGGGCACCUACCCGUGAAACUGCCCGACUACAACAACCGGCUGAGAGUCCUGGUCGCCACCUACGUCACCUUCAGCCCCAGCGGCACCGAGCUGCUGGUCAAUAUGGGGGGCGAGCAGGUCUAUCUGUUUGACCUGACCUACAAGCAGCGGCCGUACACCUUCCUCCUGCCCAAGAAGUGCCCUUCCUCGGGGGAGGUGCAGAAUGGGAAGGUGCCCACCAACGGGGUGUCCAAUGGACUCCAUCUCCAUAGCAACGGCUUCCGGUUGGCUGAGGGAAGAGCCCACAGCAGCCCCCAGCCGGAGCUGCCCCCGUCCCUGGAGCGGGUGAAGCAGCAAGCCAACGAGGCCUUCGCCUGCCAGCAGUGGACCCAGGCCAUCCAGUUGUACAGCAAGGCCGUGCAGAGGGCACCGCACAACGCCAUGCUGUACGGCAACAGGGCCGCGGCCUACAUGAAGCGCAAGUGGGACGGGGACCACUACGACGCGCUCCGGGAUUGCCUGAAGGCCAUCUCCCUGAACCCCUGCCACCUGAAGGCCCACUUCCGCCUGGCCCGCUGCCUCUUCGAGCUCAAGUACGUGGCCGAAGCGCUCGAGUGCCUGGACGACUUCAAGGGGAAGUUCCCGGAGCAGGCCCACAGCAGCGCCUGCGACGCCCUCAACCGCGACAUCAACGCGGCCCUCUUCUCCAAGAGCGACGGCGAGGAGAAGAAGGGCGGUGGGGGCGGCGGAGGCGGCGGCGGCGGCGGCGGCGGCCCGGUCCGGCUGCGCAGCUCCAACCGCAAGGACUCCAUCUCGGAGGACGAGAUGGUGCUGAGGGAGCGGAGCUACGACUACCAGUUCCGCUACUGCGGCCACUGCAACACGACCACCGACAUCAAGGAGGCCAACUUCUUCGGCAGCAACGCCCAGUACAUCGUCAGCGGCUCGGACGACGGCUCCUUCUUCAUCUGGGAGAAGGAGACCACCAACCUGGUGCGGGUCCUGCAGGGGGACGAGUCCAUCGUCAACUGCCUGCAGCCCCACCCCAGCUACUGCUUCCUGGCCACCAGCGGCAUCGACCCGGUGGUGCGGCUCUGGAACCCGCGGCCGGAGAGCGAAGACGCCGGCGGCCGGGUGGUGGAGGACAUGGAGGGCGCGUCGCAGGCCAACCAGCGGCGGAUGAACGCCGACCCCCUGGAGGUGAUGCUGCUCAACAUGGGCUACCGCAUCACGGGACUGAGCAGCGGCGGGCCCGGGGGCUCAGACGACGAGGACGGCUCAGAGGGGCAGGUCCAGUGCCGGCCCAGCUGAGACCCGGCCGGGCUUCGUCCCCUUCCCUUUCUCCCUCUGCCCCGCCGGGGCUGGGGACGGGAGGGAGGGGACGG